AGUUACGCAGUAGCAGUUCGGCGUCGGGCAGCUAAUAAAACAUUGGACCAAUGCCUUAGAAACCCCGUCUCCUCCGCCUCCUUCUGAUAAAAUGAAUGUUGUCUGUUGAACUCAGUGGACGCUGUUAAUCAAAUUCACCGUCAAACACCGAUGUUAGAGGCGGAAAGAUCAUUAUUUGCAGCGGCCACAUUUUCGCUUUUUGGCCGAGCUAGCUAACUUGCUAGCCUAGCUCCUGUUAGCCUGUUAGCACGCCUGUGAUGGCACAGCCGGAGAGCGACGGGAUAAAGGAAGCCUAAACUCUGCAUGGCGACGGACUGGCAGCAGUGGGAGUGAGCAGCCAAUCAGCCAAGGCCCCCGGUAGCAACAUGGCGUCCCGUCAGAGGAACUCGGUCCGGAUCCUGUCCAACCGGGAGCGAGGCUCCCAGACCUUUGGCUCCCAGAGACUCCUGCAGCUGCUGGUGGAGGAGAAGGUCCGCUGGAUGAAAUGGCAGAGUCAGAAAGUGGAGCUGCCGGACAGUCCUCGGUCCACGUUCCUGCUGGCCUUCAGCCCUGACAGGACCCUCAUGGCUUCCACACAUGUCAACCACAACAUUUACAUAACAGAGGUGAAGACAGGAAAGUGCCUACAUUCCUUAGUGGGCCACCGUAGAACCCCCUGGUGUGUGACCUUCCACCCCACGAUACCCGGCCUGGUGGCCUCCGGGUGCCUUGACGGAGAAGUCCGAAUCUGGGACCUGCAUGGUGGGAGUGAGAGUUGGUUCACAGAGAGUAACGUGGCCAUCGCCUCCCUCGCCUUCCACCCCACGGCUCAGCUCCUCCUGAUCGCCACCAACAACGAGCUGCACUUCUGGGACUGGAGCCGACCGGAGCCCUUCGCCGUGGUCAAGACGGGCAGCGACACGGAGAGAGUCCGGUUGGUGCGGUUCGACCCUCUGGGCCACAACCUGCUGACUGCGAUCGUGAAUCCGUCCAAUCAGAGCGAGGAGGACUUGGAGGUUCCCAUGGACAGUGUGGAGAUGCCUCACUUCCGUCAGCGCUCCUUCCUCCCCACCCAGCCGGUUCGCCGCACGCCCAUCCUCCACAACUUCCUGCACAUCUUGUCGUCUCGCUCCCCGGGGGCUCAGGCUGGAGGCGAGCAGCCCCGCCCCUUAGGGGAUAAUGGAAGCAACGUGGGAGAAUCUCCCAGCAUGCCUCUGGCCCAGUACCCCAGCUCUGACCGCGGGCCCCCCUUCCCCGGCUGCACCCAGCACCUGGGCAUGGUGUGCCUGUGUAGUCGCUGCUCUGUCAAUCGUAACCCCCCCCUGGGCGCCAACGGUUCCUCUGUGACCCCCUCUGAUCCCAGGGUGUCAGCUGACACUCCCCAGCCCCCCCCGGCCUCCACCUUCUCCUCGGCCCGUACAGAGCCCCGGCAGCCGUCGGAGCGCCCCUCGGCCUUCACCUCAGUCUACUACAGCGCCGGCUCCUCUCUGAACCCCCCCGCCCCAAGUGGCGUCGAGCCGCACUCCGCCUCCAGACCAGGACCCGACUGGACCUGCAACCUGCUCGGCAUGAGGGAGGGGGGGGUUGGCCAGGGUAUGCUGCCUCCCAGAACCUCCUCCUCCUCCUCCAUCAGCCUGCUGUCAGUGCUCCGUCAGCAGGAUGGCUCCUCCCAAUCCCCCGUGUACACCUCCGCCACUGAAGGGCGGGGCUUCCCCCAGCAAGGAGAGGGCGGGGCCAGAGACGCCGCGGGGACGAGCAGCGGGCACCACCCCUUCUGGGACGGCUCUCGCAGCAACACGGCGUCGUUCAGGAACGUGCUGCAGUGCAACCUGAGCCGCUACUUCAUGGAGUUUGACCGCAUGCAGGACCUGGAGCCGCCGCUGGGGGGGGGCAUGACGGACGGCAGCCAGGAGCAGAAUCAGGAGCUGCUCAAUAAUAACAUGGACCCUGACAGACCCGGGCCUUCCUCCUCCUCCACCGCCCCCACCAUCAUCCACUACCAGCCUCCUCUCCCUCCCCCUCCCUCCUCCCACAGCCUGGAGAACAACGUUCCUCCCCCCGCCUCCCGCGGUCACCUGAACCGCUGCCGGGCCUGCCACAACCUGCUGACCUUCAACCACGACUCUCAGCGCUGGGAGCGCACCAACCAGGCCUCCUCCACCUCCGCCUCCUCUCUGGAGGCCCCCACCUCCUCCUCCUCCUCCUUCCCCACCUCCUCCUCCCCCUGGCAACCUGAGGAGAGCAGGAGGACACUAGAAGCCCAGCCCCAGGAGAGGAGGGCGCCUCCGGAGCCCAGCGAGCAGCCCCCUCCCUCUGGAGGAGGAGGCGCAGGAGCAGUGGCCUUCCCCAUCGGCCCCUCCUCCACCCAGCCUGGGGAGCAGACGGUGGGGCUGGUGUACAACCAGGACACGGCGCAGUGGGAGAGGGUGUACCGGCAGGCUGCUGCCGGGCGCUCCGCAGAGCCACCGGAGGCCUUAAGCCAAGAAAUGCCUGUUGACCCCCCCGACGAGGACUCGCUAAGGAGGCGACUGUUGGAAUCGUCUCUGUUAUCGUUGUCUCGCUACGACAUGUCAGGAUCCAGAGACCACCCCAUCUACCCUGAUCCAGCCAGACUUUCUCCAGCUGCUUACUAUGCCCAGAGGAUGAUCCAGUAUCUGUCCAGACGGGACAGCAUCCGCCAGCGCUCGCUCCGUUACCAGCAGAACCGCCUGCGGGCCAUGUCGUCGUCGUCAGACAGCCCCGCCAGCAACCCGUCCAGCUCCAUGGACAACAGUGACGUGGACUUCGAGGAGCUGGAUGAUAACGGAGACAGAGCGAGACACAGGACGCCACGAAACGCCAGGAUGUCCGCCCCCUCCCUGGGUCGCUUCGUCCCUCGGAGGUUCCUCCUCCCUGAGUAUCUGCCCUAUGCUGGAAUCUUCCAUGAGAGAGGACAACCAGGCCUGGCCACACACUCCUCUGUCAACAGAAUCCUCGCUGGAGCGUCGAUUGGAGACGGUCAGUCUGCGGUGGCCAGUAACAUCGCUAACACCACCUACCGUCUGCAGUGGUGGGACUUCACCAAGUUCGACCUGCCAGAGAUCAGCAACGCUUCAGUCAACGUCCUGGUGUCAAACUGUAAGAUCUACAACGACGCCAGCUGCGACAUCUCUGCGGAUGGUCAGCUGCUGGCCGUCUUCAUUCCCAGCAGCCAGCGGGGGUUUCCAGACGAGGGUAUCCUGGCCAUCUACUCUCUGGCUCCUCACAACCUGGGAGAGAUGCUCUACACCAAGAGAUUCGGUCCAAAUGCCAUCUCUGUCAGCCUGUCUCCCAUGGGCUGCUACGUCAUGGUGGGCCUGGCCUCUCGCAGGAUCCUGCUGCAUCCCACCACCGACCACAUGGUGGCGCAAGUCUUCCGCCUGCAGCAGCCUCACGGAGGAGAGACGUCCAUCAGGAUGGUCUUUAACGUGGUCUACCCCAUGGCUCCAGACCAGAGACGUCACGUCAGCAUCAACUCUGCCCGCUGGCUGCCCGAUCCUGGGAUGGGUCUGGCUUAUGGAACCAACAAGGGAGACCUGGUCAUCUGCCGGCCUGUAUUCUAUCGCAGUGAUGGUGAGAGCCCUGCAGAGUCGAACAGCGAACCUCUUUUCUCCGUCAACAACAGUGGAACCAGCCGGACCCGAGGUUCUGACAGACCAGGGCCUAAUCGCUCCGGCUGGCGGCUGGACAGAGACAUGGGAUUGAUGAACGCCAUCGGUCUUCAGCCCCGACACCCCGCUCCUUCUGUGACAUCACAAGGAACCCAGACGCCAAUCAUCCAGCUGCAGAACGCCGAGACGCAGACAGAGAGGGACCUAUCAGAGCCCAGCGUCUCCCAGCCCCCACCCAAUGUCCUUCCUCUCUCCUCAGAUGUCCCUCCUGAGACUCCGUCCACCAGUGCAGCAGCUCAGGGACAGAUGGAGGCGUCUCCGAGCAGCAGAGCUCAGGACAGCGUCCAGGGUGAAGCUUCAUCAGAGGCCAACACCUCCACUGCUGCAGGGGAGUCUCCGGAUUUCGGCUCAGGUGAGGACGCUCUGGCACGGAUUCGCCGUCUGAUCGCGGAGGGUGGUAUGACGGCAGUGGUCCAGCGGGAGCAGAGCACCACCAUGGCGUCGAUGGGCGGCUUCGGGAACAACAUCAUUGUCAGCCAUCGCAUCCACCGUGGCUCCCAGACGGCUCCCGGGGCCUCCAGGCCCUCGGCUGACCCCACGGCCCCCUCCUCCUCCUCAGGUCCCCUCCUCAUCACCCAGACCCAGUCGUACCCCCCUCCCCAGACCUCCAGCCCGUCUGAACAGUUGGCCCCCAUGUGGGGCCCCCAGGUGCUGUCGGGCCCCCCCCCCUCCGGCCUCUCUCUGGAUAUGGACGACGUGUUUGACGGAGGACGGACGGACGACGACUCUCUGCCGGGUCCCUCGUCUUCCUCCCUGCUGCUGUAUUCCCCCUCUUCCUCCUCCUCCUCCUCUCACAGCCCUCUCCCUGGCGGCGGCGGUGGCCGCCCCAACAGUUACCCCGGCGACCCGUACAGCAGGUAGCUCUCCUAUUGGCCGAGAGAAGCAGAGCGUUGGCCGACGGGUUUGGUCCUCAAAGCCUUAUCUCACAGACAUGGGUGCUGC